UGCUGGAGGAGAGGACACUUUCUGGUGCGGUGCACGGGCCUCGCGAUACAAGUGCUUGCACAAGGCCGGCGUGACAGGCGCACACACUAGUGACACACGCACACACUAGUGAUGCAAAGGUUGCACGGAGCGGCGGCAGCGGCCACCUGAAGACGCAGUGCGGGCGGCAGCAGCGGGAGGUGUCAUGGAUGAACUCCACAGCUUGGACCCAAGACGGCAGGAAUUGCUGGAGGCAAGAUUCACUGGAGGCGUCAGUGGCAGCACUGGAAGUACUGGGAGCUGCAGUGUUGGGGCUAAAGCCUCAACAAACAAUGAAAGCUCCAACCAUAGUUUUGGAAGCCUGGGUUCUUUAAGCGACAAAGAGUCAGAGACCCCAGAAAAGAAACAGUCGGACUCUACAAGGGGAAGGAAGAGGAAAGCGGAAAAUCAAAGUGAAAGCAGUCAAGGAAAGAAUAGUGGCGGCCGUGGUCAUAAGAUAAGCGACUAUUUUGAUUACCAAGCUGGGAAUGGUUCCAGUCCUGUAAGAGGCCUGCCUCCUUCUAUACGGUCUCCACAGAAUUCCCACUCACAUUCCACACCUUCGUCUUCUGUUCGACAGAACAGUCCUUCACCCACGGCAUUAGCGUUUGGGGACCAUCUUCUUACACCCACAAAGCAGUUAUCUUAUAAACUAGUUCAAACGGAUCUCACAAUGCUGAAACUUGCUGCCCUAGAAAGUAAUAAAAAUCAAGAUCUCGAAAAAAAAGAGGGCAGAAUAGACGACUUGCUCAGGACAAACUGUGACCUUCGCCGACAAAUAGAUGAACAGCAAAAAAUUCUUGAAAAAUACAAAGAGCGAUUAAAUAAAUGUAUUUCAAUGAGCAAAAAACUUCUAAUUGAAAAGAGCACUCAGGAGAAGCUGGCAAGCAGAGAGAAGAGUAUGCAGGACCGACUGCGGCUGGGGCAUUUUACCACCGUCCGGCACGGGGCCUCAUUCACUGAGCAGUGGACAGAUGGAUUUGCUUUUCAGAAUCUCGUCAAGCAGCAGGAAUGGGUGAAUCAGCAGAGAGAAGACAUUGAGCGACAGAGGAAACUACUGGCCAAGCGUAAACCUCCGUCUACCACCAGCGCCCAAACCCCGUCCGCCAAUUCUGAACCAAAGCAGAGGAAAAACAAAGCCGUUAAUGGGGCAGAAAAUGACCCCUUUGUAAAACCUAGUUUACCCCAAUUAUUUGUUCAUUGCUCACUCAGGUUAACCCCUGCCGAAUACCAUGAGCAGGAAGAAAUCUUUAAACUGCGACUCGGACAUUUAAAGAAGGAAGAAGCAGAAAUACAGGCAGAGUUGGAACGUUUGGAAAGGGUUCGAAAUCUUCACAUACGAGAACUGAAAAGAAUUAAUAAUGAAGAUAAUUCACAAUUUAAAGAUCACCCAACCUUGAAUGAGCGUUAUUUAUUACUUCAUCUACUAGGUCGAGGUGGUUUUAGUGAGGUCUACAAGGCUUUUGAUCUUUAUGAACAAAGAUACGCUGCUGUGAAAAUUCACCAACUCAACAAGAGCUGGAGAGACGAGAAGAAGGAAAAUUACCACAAGCACGCCUGCAGAGAGUAUAGAAUACACAAAGAACUCGAUCACCCCCGAAUAGUUAAACUCUACGAUUAUUUUUCCUUGGAUACAGACACGUUUUGUACAGUGCUAGAAUACUGUGAAGGCAACGAUCUUGACUUCUACCUAAAACAACACAAGUUGAUGUCCGAAAAAGAAGCCAGGUCUAUUGUAAUGCAAAUAGUCAAUGCACUACGUUAUCUCAAUGAGAUCAAACCGCCAAUCAUCCAUUACGAUCUCAAGCCAGGAAAUAUUCUUCUAGUGGAUGGUACAGCAUGUGGGGAGAUCAAAAUUACAGACUUUGGUUUGUCCAAAAUAAUGGACGAUGACAGCUAUGGUGUGGAUGGAAUGGACUUGACAUCACAGGGGGCUGGAACAUACUGGUAUCUCCCACCAGAGUGCUUCGUGGUUGGCAAGGAGCCACCAAAGAUUUCCAAUAAAGUGGAUGUCUGGUCAGUGGGAGUCAUCUUUUUCCAGUGUCUGUAUGGCAGAAAGCCCUUCGGCCACAAUCAAUCCCAGCAAGACAUCUUACAAGAGAAUACCAUAUUAAAAGCCACAGAUGUUCAGUUUCCUGUGAAGCCUGUCGUUAGCAAUGAAGCAAAGGCGUUUAUAAGACGGUGUUUAGCUUACCGCAAAGAGGACAGGUUUGAUGUCCACCAGCUGGCCAGUGACCCAUACCUUCUCCCUCACAUGAGAAGAUCCAAUUCUUCAGGAAACCUGCACAUGUCUGGGCUCGUAGCCUGUCCCACCACGCCUACGUCAAGCAUCAUUUCAUACUGAUACUCAAAUCAAGGCUGGCAUGAUUACUUGUUCAAUAGCUUUCAGGUGCAAAUUUUAGGUUUAAAGACCAGACAAAACAAAGAUUUGAGUAGGUUCCCUCCCCUCCCUCAACCAAGGAUGUGUUUGAAGACAUUUGUGUGUUUUUGGGGGAUCUAUCUCCUUAGUGUUAUUUGUAUGAUGAGCGAAGAUGAGACUGUGAAAAUAUAUUCCCUUUGACUGUAAUGUUGGACAUUGGCCUCAGUGUGCUUAUUAAGCCAUUUUCAAGCUACUGGGAAUGACCUGGACUGUGCUCCUCUUAUAAGUCUCCUGCCCAAGUGUAAUUUUAUAGGUUAGGGGCCAGCGUCAAGAUGGAUAAGAGCACGCACAUGAAACCAGGUGCGUUCGCUGUUCACCAAGGAGGAAAAAAAAAAAGUUUUGUUUAUUUCUUUACAUUUGUGUUUUUGUUUUUCAUUAGCGGGGACUUUGUACAUAUUCUUUGUAAUACUAAAACACAAUUGGUUGAUACUGGAGCGAUAGCAGGAAGGGUGUUUUUCAUUAUUUACAAAAAUAAAAGAAUCUAAAUCCACGCUUACAAUGAUGGGGGUCACGUGCUGGCCAGAUUCUCGUACACUUGUUCAUUGAAACCAAAGCUAAAAAGACAGCGGGGCCGUCACACAAUUUGUUCUCUUCUUUCCUUUCUGUUCACACAUUUUCAGGGUAAAUGAUUUGAGUUGCGCACACACGUUAUCUGGGUUAUCAGUUGUAGCAUUUUGCAUCAUUCCACCUUUCUAUCAUGUCUCGUUAUGUUCAUUAUGUACGUAUACCACAUACAGUAGGUACCAAUUGCUCUCAAAACUUUACAUGAAAUUUUCUAUGCAGGAUAAUGAGAAAUUCCCUUCUAGAGCUGGUGUAUAUUGCUGUACAGAUGUCAUUUUUCUUGUAUUCCUGUAUUUUCAGCAGCUUUUUUUUUUUCUCCCCUGUACAAAUUUUAAGGUAUGGCUUUUUCUAUUGAUUAUUUUUUUUUACAUUUGUGUUAUCUCUGAGUCUCCUGGAUGACGCUUUCAUUUGCUGCUAAAUAACUUCUCAUUUUGCAAACGGAUAGAACUUGCUUCUGUUUCGGGGGGGCAAAUUAAACCGCUUUAGAACCCGGACUGUUCAUUAACAAGCAUGUGUAAAACAUACAGUACUGUAAAGCUGUUUCCACUUUCCUAACUGUGGCAUGUUGAUGACCUAUUAAGGAGGUUUUCUUUAGCAAUCUUACUUAUUUGAGAGUUCCUCGGCGCAGGGGCCUGUUGGUGUAAAGUACAUUAACACACAUUUCUCUUCUCUUGGCUUAAACUGGUGUUAGAGCACAACCAACUUAUUUUCUAUUAACCUAGUCGGCUAAAAACUUUUCUAGAAUGCUACCUUUCUUUACUGCACAAAUACAAGGAUACCCUUCAGUACAUGAGUAGGCAGCAGUGCUUUGCGUUGCAAUAAACUGUUAAUCUCUGUAACAUUCAAGGGACUAGUCCUCUGUCACUUUCAGAAUGUUUCAAAUGCAAAUGUGUAAUUUUGUUCAUGUUACAGAAAGAGGCUGUAUUAACACAGAUUACCAUUUAAUAUUGUACAGUUAACCGUGGCUCUUGUUUCCAAUGUUGCAAGCAAUUACAUUUUACAUUGUACAUAAAUAUACAUUAACUGUCUCUUUAAGAUGCUGCUGAAAUUGUAGAGAAUGUAGCCAAAACAGUAAUAAAUAACGAAAGUUGAAAUUUCAACUAUGCUUUCCUUUUUGGUAUGUUUAUUAAAGGUGUUCUUACCUGAA